AUGGAGGAGGUGAGGGUGUCUGAUGUGGAGGUGUGUAACCUGGCGUACAGGGGGCAGCUGGAGCAGCUGAGGAGCAUGGUGCUGGCAGACAAGUCCCUGACCUCCAGGACGGACCAGGAUGAAAGGACACCUCUGCACUGGGCAUGCUCAGCAGGACACACAGAAAUUGCUGAUUAUUUGCUCCAGCUAGCAGUGCCAGUUGAUGGUAAAGAUGAUGCAGGAUGGACUCCUCUUCACAUUGCUGCCUCUGCUGGUCGGACAGAUAUUGUCAGAGCUUUAUUGGGGAAGGGAGCCCAAGUGAACACCACCAACCAGGUUGGGUGCACACCUCUCCACUAUGCAGCAUCUAAGAACAAGCAUGAGAUUGCUCUUCUGCUUCUGGAAAAUGGUGCUUCACCUGAUUCCAGGGACAAGCUGGAGUCCACACCACUUCAUCGCGCAGCUUCAAAGGCAACCUGAAGAUAGUGGAAAUCCUCCUAAAACACAAAGCAUCAACUAAUAUACAAGACACUGAAGGGAAUACACCACUUCAUCUUGCCUGUGAUGAAGAGCGAGUGGAGGAAGCCAAACUCCUAGUUAAGCAUGGAGCAAGUAUUUAUAUAGAAAAUAAAGAGGAGAAGACACCAUUACAAGUGGCUAGAGGAGGUCUGGGAGCAUUGCUAAAGAGAAUAGUAGAAGGGUAG